AUGUCUGGAAGUAUUUCGGCCGAACUUAAAUCCAAACAAAAUGAAUGCAUGCAGUCCCUAAUUGAGUACAUUGACUUGCUUGCUUUGGGCUUAAAACCACAAAAUCAUGGUGCAAGAUUGGAAGAUAUGGGAUGUAAAAGUUCUUUUGUGUCACCUAACAACCAAUUAACCACUGAGUCCAGCAAUCAACAUAAAACCCUAAAUUUUUUGAUUGAUGAAGCAAUUAGUGAACUAGGUACAGGACCUACUGAAAAUGGAAACUUGGACUUAUCUUCAGAUUGGACGAACCGUUCAAGAUUUACGAGGGAGAUCAAACACUGCAGUGAAUAUAUCAAAAACAGUUCUGAGGAAAGUAUCUUUGAUUCAAACUUUCACAAGGAAACCGGUUUUUCCGGAUUAAGCGCAGUUUCCAACCAGACCCACACAAAUUCAAGACUAGGAGUCUCAAAACUGAUGACCAUACCGAGGCGCUUUUCUGAGUAUAGAGACGACGUAGUAUUUGACAGCUGCGUUGACUAUAAAGAUUACUUACCACUUUUAAACCAUACCGCCUCAUUCAAUAAGGAAACUGUUGGCAAGAACACUCCCAGACAGCAUAAAGGAGAAUUAGAUUUGUGUCCUAAAGCGAAUAGUUGCAAGGCCAACACACAUGCAAAACAGACCCGCCAUUUAACCGCCGUGCCCCACAGUUAUAGUGACUGGGGAUCCUUGGUUCUGAACAACAAUUCGAAACUAGAAAAUUUUCGGAAGCCUCAAGCUAUCCAAUCAGUCUCAACAAGAGAUUGUUCUCUUGGAACAACUGAAAUCCAGUCUUCUAACAAAAUUAACCAUGGAAGCUUCUCCGAGUUGGGCUCUUUAACAUGCUCAAGCAAAAAAAGGUUUUUGGCAAGCACUCAAGAUACAUCAUCAACAAUACACACUAAAGUGUUUUCUAAGAAAAUUCCAGACACCAGGGUGACACAAUAUUCAGAUUGUGAAUUGUUUAAUGCGGAUUUACUAGAACCAAACGGUAGCACUACCAACGGAGCUACAUCCGCGGCUAAAAGAGAUCAUCCUAUGCCUAAAAUAUUCGAGCGCAAAGCAUUCGUCGGAACUCCAUCUGUAAAACAAGCUGGGGUAGUCCGAGAAGCCCCAGGAGACCUGGAUAGGUACCGCAGGACCUUUGCCACACAUAGCAGAGUAAACAAAUGA